CCAAACCAACCAACCAAUCCCCGUGAACCAAUGUGCUAGCACGCUGGCAGGGUACGCGCGGCACGCGUACGCGGGCGCGUACCUCUCGCGCCCCGCGGUACCACUCAACGCAAAUGGCGAGCCCAUCAAAUUGCCGGAAAACCUGGAGAGCCUGCCGCGCGCUGAACACUUCGCUGCACAGAGGCACCGUUGGAACACCAAUGAGGAAAUUGCUGCGAUCCUCAUCAGUUUCGAUAAGCAUUCCGAAUGGCAGUCGAAGGAAGUCAAAAUACGGCCAAAAAGCGGUUCAAUGCUGCUAUACAGCCGGAAGAAGGUACGCUACCGACGGGACGGCUACUGCUGGAAGAAACGGAAAGACGGGAAGACCACCAGGGAAGACCAUAUGAAACUGAAGGUCCAGGGGACUGAGUGCAUCUACGGUUGCUACGUGCACUCGGCGAUACUACCCACAUUCCACAGGCGAUGCUACUGGCUGCUACAGAACUUUGCUUCACAGAACCCCGACAUAGUGCUGGUGCACUACCUGAACGUGCCGUACCCUGAUGAUAAUAAGCUGGCGACGGUGGCGCCAUCUCUGGCGCUGUGGGCGGACAAGAAGGAGUGGACGAAAGAUGAACUUGUCAGUCAGCUUAAGCCUAUGUUCUUCAGCGAAGAUGAGCCCGACAUCAAUAGUGAACUGGAAAUCACAGGCAAAAUGUUUCAGACGGCGGAAACGGUGGAGGCCAUCGUUGGACAACUGAUGGAAAAGCAGCGAGCUGCGCGGGCGGCAGCUUUAGCGAGACAACUGGAAUGUGGCUGCCCGGACUCCACUUGCCAAGACUCAAGAACAUGCGUUCAUCCUCUACGCAGAAUCCAAUCUACCAAAGCACCAGCGUCAGACCACCACGUAUCUUCCACAACCGGACCUUCCACAAGACCCAUGUCGCACCCACCUCGACAAUACACCAGAGAACACAGAUCUACUCAACCGACACACAGCGCAUCCCCACUCCUUCUGUCACUAGGGCAAAUACAAGGAGGCGGAGGCUUAUUAAUCUUAAACGGAGCAGGCAAUAGCAGUCAACAACAUUCCUCACUAGUCUCACCAUUAUCUGUAACCUCAUUCGUCUGUGAAGAACCCAGAGACAGGUACCGACAUCAGUACAAACCAACGUUUGUAUUGAAGAGGGAAGUCCCCGAUCAGCCAUCUUCGUGUAUCCAGAACACUGAAUCUUCAACGUACGAAGUAGAACCAGUUGAAGAGAAAGUGAAUAUAGAAACUUUUGAUAGGAAAAUUAAAAUGGAGCCGCGGAGUAGGAAUCAAAUGAUCGCAAGUGCUCCUGCGACCCCAUCUAGAUAUCCAGAUUUAGUGGAGCGAUUAGAAAGUAAAAUACUUACUGAUAACUGUGAUGAUACGUUAGUACUGCUCGGCACAGAUGGACAUUUAGGUCCUUCGAGCGCAUUUUUUGAUGAAACGCUAGAACUGUCACAUGAAGACAUACAGAAAACCCUAUCAGCCAAUAUGCCUACAUGUGAACUAGAUAGAAGCGCUGUGAGAGUGACCGAGACUGCUAAUGUUAUGGUAUCAGGUAUCGAUACUAUGGAUUUUAUAGAGAGUUGUGAGGCUGUUGCAUCCCCGACUCAUGUCGUGGAUGAUAAUGUGUUCGUAAAUUUGGAUGCUUUUGAUAUGUUAGACUUUCCGGAACUGGAAGUUUUGGACCCUAGUACGAUAUCGACUCACCAUUUGCCGAUACGUGGAAAAUCCCCUCCAACCGAAGAAGCCAACGAGAAAAUGCAGACUGAGAGCAGCGAAGGAGCGCUCAGCAUCACCGACUAUUGCCCCGAAUGGGCGUACCCUGAAGGCGGAGUGAAGGUGCUCGUAGCGGGACCUUGGACUGACACUUCGGAUCAGUACACUGUGUUGUUCGACAAUUUUCCUGUCCCGUCGAUAUUGGUGCAGAAUGGACUACUCAGGUGCUAUUGUCCAGCACACGAAGCCGGCCUAGCAGCACUCCAAGUAGCUCGCGGUGGCCGAGUGGUCUCCGAUACCGUAGUCUUCGAGUACAAGGCUGGCCCGGCCACGGCACCGUCCCCUGCGUCCGCUCCGUUGCCAUCGCUGGACUUCAGGCGAUUUUCGCUAUUGCAGCGCUUGCAGCGGCUGCAUGGAAGACUGCAGGUCAAGAUUGAGCCCAUGGACGAUGGAAAUCAAAUAGAAGACGUGCAGCUAUAUUCCAAUCCCAAAUUCGAAGAGCGACUCGUCUCCUUCUGCCGGAACCUAAGUUCCCGUUCUUUCGGCAACACGGAGGGCUUCACCACCGAACCUGGCGAAGAAGGUUCCACCAUCCUCCACCUGUCUGCAGCGCUGGGCUUCACUAAACUAACCACGGUGUUACUGCGGUGGAAGCAGGAUGACUCGAGCUUGGCGCUGGAGAAGGAAGUCAAUUUGGGGGCGAGGGACAGUGAAAACUGUACGCCUUUGAUGGUAGCAAGCGCAGCAGGCCACGUGGAAACAGCCAUCGUCCUGGCGCGCUGGAGCGCCGGCACGCUGUGUGAGGCCGGCGCGCGGCAGGCGGCGGCCGCGGCGCGGCGCGCUGGCCACGACAGGCUGGCGGCGUUGCUGGAUCGGAUACAUCCACCGACUAGGGAUGGCGUAUUCCUUCGACCUGAUAGUUUAUCGCAAAAGGGUCGCGCUGGCAGCUUGGAGAGUAAUCUAGUAAAGCGGCCCUCCAUCGACAGCGGUAUCAACAUGGCCGACGCGUUCAGAUCCAGCUCAGCUAUCGACAAGCCUGAAGGCAAAUCCACUGCCAGAUGGGAACGCAGUAUGUCAUUGCCCCUGGACUCCGAUAAUUCUGAAGAUAGUCUCCUAGACUCCAAGAUCGGUCGUCGUAUGGAUCUAGCUCUUUGCGAGACCUUGCCGCGGCGCGCGGCGAGCCCCCUCAUAGACGUGGAGGCGCUCUCCGACCCCGAGCCCGAGCCGCCGCCAGCCCCAGGGGAGCAGGAUGACCGGGUGUUCACGUUGGCGGAGCAGAUCAUAGCGGCCAUGCCAGAAAGGAUAAAGAACGAAAGCUCAUCAUUGCUCGGCUGCGGGCUCGACGGUGGUAGUGGUGGGGGCGAAGACACGCUCAUGGUGCCGUUACUCGAUGACACCACCAACUUCAGUAGCGAUUUCAGCUUUGAGUUCUGCGAUAACACUUACAGGACAUACUGUGGCGGCUCAACGCCAUGCUCGUCCGGCUCCGUAUCUCCAGGCUCAGCGCUUUCCCCACCACCGCCUUCUCCUCGUGCGCCUUCGCUGCCAACCGCACCUUCGGCAACUCUGCAGGAGUUCCUGAACGCUACUACACAUUUCUCUAGUCUUACGUUAAACGAUCGCGAGCAACGAGAGCUAUACUCGGCAGCCAUCACAAUCCAGAAAGCAUAUCGCCAGUACCGCGGCCGGCAGCUGCAGCGGCGGGCUGCGGCCGCCGCCAUCACGAUACAGAACUGCUAUAGGCGGUACAAACAGUUCGCGUACCUGAAACAAAUGCACUGCGCAGCGACCGUCAUACAGCGUGGUUAUCGCUCACACCGCGAGCGCCGUCUCGCUCACCAAACUACGGCUACCAUCAAAAGGACUUACUCACAAAGGAGGCAGAAUCAAGCAGCUAGGAAGAUACAACAGUUCAUGAGGCAAUCUAAAAUCAAAUUGCAGAACGCGCGAGCAGAAAACGGGAGGGUGGUCCUGCGAUCGCCGGAUGCCCACCAAAACUUUCUGCAGCACACCACCAGUAUACGCACGCCCAAUAGGAAAGUGGAUUACUUGGCACCACAAUCGCCAAUGGAUGCCGAUGACGACCUGCUACUUGAGCUUCUGUUCAAAAUGUGACCUGACCUACGAUACCGACACCUUGUGUUUCACUCUAAUUUCAAACUCAUGUACUUAGAUUUAAAAGACAUUUUACAUUUAAACGGUAUUCGGACGACAUUUAGUUUAGUUAUUAAUCUAUUCUUUACUGCUUUCGUCAUUGAAAUAAUUUGAAUCAUCAACUGAAUCAAUUUGAAAACAGGUUUCUUCUCAGUGUUGUGAAAGACUUCAGGCCUUGUCUUUUGAGAUUUUAAAAUUAUCUUUUACAUCUGUAAAUUGUAAAGAAGCUUAAGCUCUUUCGGCACCGUUCUAUCUCGUUUCCUUAAAUAUUUGUUGUUUAAUUGAAUAAGGUACAGACAGUAUUAGUAAUAAUGAUAUCAUUUUCUUUUCACAUCAUGUGAAAUGAAAUGAAGAAUACUUGCAUUACUACUGAUAGUUUCUUACUGCCAAGAAACCCAAUUUUCCUAAAAUAAUGACUUGUUCAGAGUUUGGAUUUAAAAGUUUCGUUUCAUUUUAAACUCUUCAGGUCAUAGACAGGGUUAUAUUUAGUAUAAAUUUUAUCGUAUUUGUAUUAUAUUUUCAUAACGUAUUUUUGAGACAUUUGUUUAGGAAUCAUAUUUUUGAAAACUCUAAAUUGAUGUAAUAGGUUACUUAGGUCAUCAGUAUAUUGGCUAAUUUUUCAUAAAAAUUAGAAUCUACGUACUACGGUUAUCUAUUUAGUUUUGUGGAUUGUUUGUGCAAAUUGCACAAGUUUAUGAUAUGUUACAUUAUUGAUUAGUUUUUAUUUAAAAACUUCACAAUUUGAAUUAUCGACUCCAUUUUGAUGAAAUUCAUUGUGGAGUCCCAACGUGUAGGCUAAGUACAAAUUCAAAUUAUUAAAAAGCCACUGUUCUUAUAAAGUAGUUGCACCUAGCGAAUAAUACAAUAAACCCGAUGAGCUGUGAGUAUUUUGAGAUUUUAUCGUAUUUAAGAAAAAUAAAAAAUAAUUAUGCAGUUAGUUUGACUAUUGGUCGAGAUUUACCCUAUAGGUUUCAUUCCAGCCUAAAUAGGUUAUAUCUCUUUUAGUCUACGCAGUUACGCCUUAGACAUCAUCGAACACGAUCUAUGCAUUCUUAAAACAUUCCGAUAGAUUAGAUCUAACUCUUACGAAAGCUUAACUUCGUCAAUAAAUUCACUAAGAUCUACCAUCCCGUUAUUUUAAAUAUUGUGUUAUUCCUCUUGAAUUGUUAUUACAUAAACAAAAUAUUUUAAAUUCGUUAAGUUUGUCCAUUUCCCUAUCCCCAGUUCCUAAUAAAUAUUCUCUUCAUAGUUCUGAAGAAUCUUGGUCUUUCUACAAUAAGUUCAUUAGAUAGUCCUUGGUUUUAGAUCCUACUUAAAGCUAAACGCCAUAUUUAUCUAGCGUUCAUGAAAAAAUAAGGUUGUGCACCAUUUAAAUAUAGAAUUAACUACCUAAAUAUUCCCUUUUUUGAAUUCUCUGAUAUUUUAAUGUAGUACUAUAGUUUAGAUUAAGGUUUAGGAGUAACCAUAGCUUAGCCAUAAGUCGACGAGCGCCCGUCGAAAUAUUUUCGAUUCGUAUUUUUAUAAAGCAAAAGUUACGAACGACUAUGAUUGCUUUGCUUGUGCAGGGCCAUGGAUAAGACGAAUUCUGGGUUACGUUACAUUUUUCUUUUUAAUUCUAAAUUAUCUUAUUAGAUUCUGUUCAAAAUCUUCAAAUUUAAAAAGUUUACAUGAUUACUUUAAACUAUCUUUACGACCUUUUUAUCGUAACUUUUUAACUUCCUCGUCAGAUUUGAAUUAAUUUAAAAAUUAAUUAGGAGGCCCAGUGUUAACAGAAUUUCUAUCUUACUCUUGACAGUAUUGAAAUCUGUAGUCAUCCUUCACAUCUAACGUUUAAUAGACUUUCAGAUUAUAUUUUUCAAACUUGUUCGGAGUAAGUCAGUGAUUUCAUUUAAAUAAUAAUAAUGAAUGUCGCAGAAUGAGAAUAACCGUCCAGUUGAGGCGGCUUUUGCACCCUCUGGUAGCGUAAUGGCAAAAGUCGCAUUACGGCAAGAAGCGAAAACGACAUUGUUGGCAGUGAUAGUAGGGGCGCGAUUCGCUUGCAAGGUUUGGGGCACCCGAGGGCGCACGAAUACAACGUGUAUAUUUUAUAUUUUUGGAUCGCUAAUUUUAAGAUGUUAUAUUUAUAUAUGUAUAUGUAGUAAUGGCGGAUACAAAACCAGUAUUUCGAAUAGUAUUGCGCCAAAAGUUUUGAUGUAUUCAUUUUCCAUAAAAGUUAUUCUCUCAUUAUGAUUUUCAACGGAUAAAUAGUUCGUUUAGCUAGUGGUCAUGCGUAUAUAUUUUUGGAUAGCGUGCACGAUUGCUUCAGGAGCGCUGAUGAUAUUAAUAGAAAAAGAGGGAAAAUAAACGAAAAAAAGUAUUUUUAACGAUAACGCAAACCUCUGAAAGCAAUAAUAUUUUUGUGGUGGAAUUAACUCGUGAUGUAGACAGAGACAGUAUUUUAUUAUCCACGCGAUCGUCACAAUACAGUUUAUAUAGAAUGCUUCUUAGUGCCGGCGUAAGCUGUGCUUCAUCAACGGCAUGUUUAUCUGUUUCACUGUCAUUUAAAGCAAUAUUUAUAGCCUUAUUAUUAAACCCAAGUUUAAAGUGUUCAUUAGUAAAGACAUCAAGUCUUCAUUCUUUAACUGUUAUUCAUAAUCAAGUAUAUUUCGUGUGUAUCACGUAUAUGUGCAUUCAUGCAUGUACAAUCAUGCAAGGAAGAGGAAUGAAAGUUAUUACACAUAUUUAAGAUGGGUAGUUUGCUUACCUUUCUCCGAACGCCAUUUUUACAUGGCGAUCCUGACAAGACAGUAAUUUUGCAUGUAUAUACACAAAUACACAACAAUAACUUGCUCAUAAAAAAAGUUGAUGAAACACACUUACGACAAGCCUUAGUCAUUGACCACAGCUAAAACAUAGUGCACUAGAAGUAGACAUAGUUA